UGUUGCUGACGGACAGAAACAGACGCUCGACUGUGUUGACCCAGGCAAGCGCGGCGCCGCACAAUAAACAGUUGCAUAUGACUGGCUCAGUCCAACAGAGAAUGUAUCAUCCACAGCUAUACCCCUUGCAAGUUAAUCCUGCCACCGGAGAACUGUACUUGCGUCUGUCUAGUCCUCUGGAUAAUAUCAUCCUCACAUCCCCUCGUACAAGUGAUGCAGCCUCUAUCGUCUCUAUUUUGAACGACCCCAAGGUAUGCAGGUGGUUAGAGGGACCCCCAUACCCGUAUCUCCCUUCACAUGCGGAGAGCUGGAUCUCUAUGGUAAAGGAGGAGUCCGAUGUCAUCCUGCGGGAGUUGGAGCAGGCUAACAAAGACGCGCCUGGAGAACCACUGAAACGCGUCCGAGCUUGUCCAGUGCGGAUCAUUCGGGAAGUCCAAGAGGACGGGACAGAUGUCUUCUUAGGAGAUAUAUGCCUACGAAGGUGCGCCUUCCAGUACGAGGAGCUGGACGAACAGCGGCGUUUAUCAGAAGAGAAUGCGUCGCGCGAAGUGGGAGACCCGAACCUCGUAUGGUGUGUGGGAGACUAUCUCGCAAGCUCACAUCAUGGCCGAGGCAUCAUGAGUGCGGCCUUCCGAACUUUAAUGGAGGCAUGGGCGAUUCCACGAAUGGAUGUGCGCCACAUCCGCGUGGAGGCGUUCAAAGGCAACGUUGGAAGCGUCCGUGUGUUUGAAAAGUUUGGAUUCAGACUCGAGAAGACGGUGGAGAGGGUCGAAGUAAAUAACACUACCCAUGGGUCACAUAUUUUAUUGUGGGAUCUCGAUUGAACUUGUGUACCUUGCUAUGUCCACAAUGAAAGUGAAUGGGAGAUCCGCUGGUCAUGC